UGCGCAUGCGCGAACCGAUCGCGUAGCAACAGCGUCAACAGAAACGAACAGUUUGAUCAUUCAUCUGCGUUAAUUCCUUCGUUUCUGUGUUUUUGUGUGUGUAUAUUCGUCUAUCGUAUAAUAAACCACACUUCCUUACUUAUUUGGCUCGAUUCGUCUCAGUAAACUCCGGAGCUUUUCAGGCUAGCUUAGUUAGCUUAGCCUGUUAGCUGCACGUCAUCGAGUGUGAGUGUAAAGUGUUGCGGUUGUGUGGGAAAUGUGCAAACUACAAAUGUUGAGAGUGUUGGUGAAUCAGCGACUAAGUGCGGCGGCGGAAGAAAUCUUUGCGGCGAUAGAAAGGACGAUGGCAGAGUACCGGGAGGAACUUUGUCGCACAAAAGAGGAGAACGAGCUACUGCACGCAGUUUACAACACAACUGACGUCUAUGAAGGACAUACUCACCAGGAAGAGCCACAGCCCCCUGCAUUGAGGAGGAGGAGUCCCAGACCCCCCAAAUUAAAAAGGAAGCGGAUGAGCCGCAGCUGCCCGCAGGUUAAAGAGGAGGAGGAGGAACACCACGUCAGUCAAGACGGACUUGACGAGGUCGAGGGCACCAAGAUGCCCUUGACUGGUGUGAUGGUGAGGGGUGAAGAUGACAAAGUCAAAAGUGAAAGUGAGGAGAAGAGAGACGUGGAACCUCCGAGGAGCAGUUCAACACAACACAUGACAGAAGAUGAUGGAGGAUCUCCAGCAGACAAGAUCUUAGCUCCACUGUCGGAUGGUGAGGACACGACGUCACACUCUGCUGACACCGAGGAGGAGGACUCUAAGAGUGAGGUGACAUGUCACACUGACAACACACACUUCCAGUGCGCUCACUGCGGCAAAACCUUUAAAUGCCGCCGUAAUCUGAAAAGACACGCGAUCAUACACACCGGAGAAAAACCUUUUCCCUGUCCGAUCUGCGGUAACGGGUUUUCCCGAAAAGACAAGCUAAAGAGACACAUGGGGACGCACACCGGAGAAAAACCAUUUAUGUGCUCAGGCUGCGGCAAAAGAUUCUCCAGGAAGGAACAUUUGGAAGCGCACAUGAGAAUACACACCGGAGGCACGCCUUUUCCCUGGGCACAGUGGAUCAGCGGGUAAAACGGCCGUCCGGAAGCUCGUGCAGUUCCCGGUUCGAUUCCAGCAUCCUGGAUCACUUCACCCCAGCGCCACAACAACAUGUUAUAAGUGUAAAAAAACAUGUCUUCUAUUCAA